AUGACUGGUUCCAAUAAUAAAACGCCAGGUAUUGUAUCGCCUCGGUUUUCCAAUGCGGCUAGUAAAGCAAACCCUGAUGGAUCGAUGGGUCCAGUGACCGCACCCGGUCAAAGCGGCAGCGCUAGCUCUCCUAUUCUACAGGGAAGUUCAAGUCCCGCUUCGUGCGCUACGAAAUCGAUCAUGAAUGUAUCAGGCACAUCGGGAGCUGUGGUGAGUAACACCCCCGAACCAGGCCUUAAAAGAGUGCCAACAGUCACUUUUAGCGAUUCCAGACAUUUGACGCUGAAACAACAGGCCGUAAACAACUCGGCCAACCAGCAGACCAAGCCACCAGCGGGUGAGGAGUUAGACAAAAAUUCGGAAGUGACAAGUCCUAAAUUAAGGUCGACCACUUCUCCGACCAGUAUCAGAAAUCCUUCACCUCCACCUCUGUUGAAUCGGACUGAUUUAAGUGGUACUGGUAUGCAGCAACGCCAGGGCUCCAAUCAAAGUGCAGGUCGCUCGGACUCCAAAAAACCAAACCUGAUAUCAAAACUUUUGCACUCGGCAGACGUGUUGCAUCAUAGCUCAGGACAUGGAUCUAGCUCCAACGAACACACUACCGCUGGAGAAGAGUCGACCAAGGCGUCCCCUGUAACGUCAGACUCAGAGUCCAAGCGUGAUACCAAAGACGAGCAUCCCCAUUUCGUGGUGGACGACGUUCUACAUUCCCCCAGCUUCAGGUCGAGAUCCGGCAGUGCCAGUCCUAUGCCAUCAAGUACACCUAGUAAUACCUCCUUCGUGGUGGGCGAAAAGAAGCAAGACUCUAUCUCCAGACAACAAGAACCUACGAUCCUAGAGUCUCCAGACGAGGCGGUGGCAGAAACCCCGUUGGAUCAGUAUUCGACUUUCCAGCAAAUCGCUCCUAACAUUCCCAAGAGAGAGGCGGGAAAAAACUCCGAACCACGGCUGCCACAGGACGAUGGAAAGCUACAUGUUCUUUUCGGUGCCACGGGCUCCCUCUCUGUGCUGAAAAUCAAAGCGAUGAUCAAAAAACUCGAAGAGAUUUACGGUCGGGAUAAAAUUUCCAUCCAACUGAUAUUAACGCAGGCUGCUGCUCAGUUUUUCUGCUCUAAAGCCAAAAGGCCAGCUAAGGUGGAGUCCAGGUCUGUUUCCGAAACCGCUGUGCCCGUGAAUCCGGGCACAUUUCCCACGGAGCUGCAGUCCGCAAAGGUGCAGGCGACUACUCCAUCUGCCGCUUCACACAACCACAAUGUGAACGAUUGCGGAGCCAUGAAUUCCAACAACCCAAUAUCGGGCGCUGCGCUCAAGAUUGAGCUCCCUGCUCAUAUUCAGGUUUGGACAGACCAAGACGAAUGGGAUGUAUGGAAACAACGGAUGGACCCUGUUUUACACAUUGAGCUGCGUAGAUGGGCGGACAUUUUAGUCGUUGCGCCUCUUACGGCGAAUACGCUGUCUAAAAUCUCGCUGGGCCUGUGUGACAACCUUUUGACGAGCGUGAUUCGUGCGUGGAACCCAAGUUUCCCAAUAUUUUUGGCGCCCUCGAUGGUUAGCAGUAGUUACAAUUCCAGCAUUACGAAGCGUCAUCUGAAAAUGAUCAAGGAGGAAAUGCCUUGGAUCACGGUCUUCAAGCCUUCUGAGAAAGUGAUGGGCAUUCACGGCGACAUUGGAUUGGGAGGUAUGAUGGACGCCAACGAGAUUGUCGACAAAGUGGUGAUGAAAUUGGGCGGCUACCCUGAGGACGAUGAAGAAGAGGACGAUGAAGAGGAAGAAGACGACGACGACGACGAUGAUGUGAAUAAGAGCACUCGACAGAAGGAAAAUCGCUCGCUAGAUGACGACGACGACGACGAUGCCGACGACGAUGAUGAUGACGAUGACGACGACGACGACGACGACGACGAUGACGACGACGACGACGACGCUGACGAAACCACCAGACGUCAGGAAACGAUCCAAUCGAAGCUGAAACCUCAGAUAUUGAAGUAA